AUGACGAGUGUUAACCGUUGCGUGCACAAGGUGUAUUUCUGUCAACAAGUAGGACCAACUGCUAAUAUUCUGCAUAUCAGUGCACCCAGCACAGGAUACAGCAACCACACACGCAACUCAUCUCUGUCGACCAUGGCCGCCGCCGCCGCCUGUAGCCUCAUCGUCCUUCUCCUACCGCUACUACUCUGCGUUCACAACUCCAUCGCCUCGCCGGCGACGCCACUCGCGGGUGAGCUCCUGGCCGAGGCGCGCUCGCCGGGGUUCGCCGCGUGGCUGCGCGGCGUGCGCCGCCGCAUCCACCAGUGGCCCGAGCUGGCCUUCCAGGAGUACCGCACCAGUGAGCUCGACGCGAUCGGCGUGCCGUACAGGUGGCCCGUCGCCCAGACCGGCGUCGUGGCGACCAUCGUUGGCGGCGGCGCCGCGCCCGUCGUCGCGCUCCGGGCCGACAUGGACGCGCUCCCAGUGGAGGAAUUGGUAGAUUGGGAAUACAAGAGCCAGGAAAGUGUGAAAAUGCAUGCUUGUGGACACGAUGCUCACACAACAAUGCUCCUAGGAGCUGCUAAGCUACUUCAAGAUCGGAAGGGUGACUUGAAGGGUACAGUAAAGCUUGUAUUCCAGCCAGCAGAGGAGGGUUAUGGCGGGGCUUAUUACAUCUUAGAAGAAGGCUCUCUUGAUGACGUUUCAGCCAUAUUUGGCUUGCAUGUCAGCCCAGGCCUUCCAUUAGGUGUCGUUUCUUCUAGGCCAGGACCCUUUGCUGCAACAGCAGCUCGAUUCUUAGUAACGGUUAAUGGAAAAGGUGGACAUGCUGCAGUACCCCAUCAAUCCAUUGAUCCUAUUGUAGCUGCAUCCACUGCCAUCCUAAGUCUUCAACAUAUCGUCGCCAGGGAAAUCGAUCCGCUCCAGGCUGCAGUGGUAUCCAUCACUUUUGUGAAAGGAGGAGAAGCCUACAAUGUUAUUCCAGAAUCUGUGGCUUUUGGUGGCACCUUGAGGAGCAUGUCAAAUGAAGGUUUAUCAUAUCUCAAGAAGAGGAUCACAGAGAUUGUAGAAGGACAGUCAGUGGUACAUCACUGCACUGCCAGUGUGAACUUCAUGGAGGAAAAGAUGAGGCCAUAUCCUGUUGUGAUCAAUGAUGAAGGGAUGUAUGGUCAUGCUAAGGCAGUGGCUGAGAGCUUCCUUGGUGAAAACAACGUCAGGGUUUCUCCCCUGGUAAUGGGUGCCGAGGAUUUUGGGUUCUACGCUCAGAGAAUGGCAGGCGCCUUCUUCAACAUUGGAAGCCGCAACGAGAGCACAAUGGCAGCAGUCCAUUCACUUCACUCCCCUUACUUUGAGAUAGACGAGGAUGUCCUUCCCAUAGGAGCUGCAUUCCAUGCUGCGGUGGCCAUUGAAUACUUGAAGAAACAUGUAUCAGCAUGA